GUUGUCAGAGAAAAGGUGUACAUGAGUUGAGCCUGUGGCCGGGUUAAGUAUGGUUAUUCUGACUGGCAAAAUUUCCAUGGCACUGCAAUAAACUGCUACUCAGUAAUUAGGAUUAUCCCAAGCACCUUUCUGAGAACAUCAGUAUUUUUGUUAAAACAAGUCAAUUACAUCAUUCGAAAAUUCCUUGAAAAUUCUUUGGUGUGCCACCUUUAUUCUUUCAUCCAGUUUGAAAAUGCCAUGAUUUCCCACACUGGAGCUUACUUCCAGAACCUCAAAAAACAUUAUUAGUUUUGUUCAAGCUUUCUGUGUUCUUUUUUUCUCUUGUUUUUUAUUUACUCAUUUUUUAUGCCUGAAGAAUAUUAGCCUAGACAAAUCAAAAGCAUAUGCCCUUCCAGCUACUAUUACAGUAGUCAUGCAACAGCAUUUCUGGGAUGUACGCUGAUGACCAAAUUCAUUGUUGGUGUAAACAGAUAUGUUUGUAGUAACAUCAGUGAUGUUUUACAGAUUUAGUCCAGCAUAUUUUUUUUUCCUGUUGCACUGAACAAGCUCAAUGGUAAAGGGAGAUUAUUUUGCCUCUUGAUAUGAAAACUCUGUCGAAUGUGCUGUAAAUGAAAUGUUGACUCUGUGCAGUGCUUCCUAGUUGGAUCUCAGCAAGAGUAAAGUUAACUCAUUGUGGUGCUAGCUGUAAUGUGAGAAACUGAAGAGCUAGAAGCUCAGCAGUGAAUCUGGACUAAAAUUCAUGUUUAAAGCUCUGGCAAGGUUGAAAGUGUCUGUGUCAUGGCACAGCUUCAGGUUAUGAUAGUUAAAGGCCGCCUGUUUAAUGGUGGAGUUGAGCAAGGAAACUUUUUCCCCAGCACAGAUGAAGUCCUUCCUAUGGAUAUCGUCUCUGUCUUCACCUUCCGAGCAAUGCUGUACUCUCAGCUUACUACCUCCGUUUUAGAAAUCUGAAAUGCAGUUUUAGAAAUACUUGAUCUGCAAAGAAAGUUUUUUCCAUGAAAUGGUCUACAAACGAGGGAUUUAUCUGCAAUCCAGAAUGCUUUCUCAGGCAGGAUGUGAAGAUGAUGUAAUGCUUUGUUCUAAAAGGUCGUGCAAGUUCAUUUACUAGUAGUACAGCUGCUUUCAACUAUAUAUCUUUUAAACAACUCUCUGAACAACUUUGAGGAACCUGAGUGGCUAUAAAAAAAUGUUUUAGCCUUUUUUUUUGUUAGGAAAUUCUGUCGUUAACUGCAACCGCAUCUAUUUCAUUUUUGUUUGCAUUCAUUAAGGGCACUAAAACUGUAAAUCAGUUUAGGACAAAUAUGGUAAAUGUUAAUGAGGUGUUUUGAGAUGCAGGAGACGUGCUAAACUCAGCUGACUCCAGCGUUCCUGCGGAUUUGCAACAGCAGAAGUGCUGAUUGAAUGCUGCUGGGAGUGAGAAAUUGCCUUUCCUUCUUCCGCUCUGGAAGACAUGAUUUCCAGGAAAGUGGUGGGAUCCCUUGUCUGUCUGUUUAUCGUUACUGUGUUUAUCUGGAUGACAGUUGGGAACGGGAAAGCGCACUACCUCCCAUAUUACCUUCCUUGCCCCAAAAUCUUCUCCAUGAAACUCCAGUAUAGAGAAGAGAAGCCAAUCCAGCUUUUCCCCCAAUUAUUUUAUCCACAGCCAAGAGCACUGGCUCCAAAGCGUCAGGACGUGCUGACUCUCACACCAUGGCUGGCCCCCAUUAUCUGGGAAGGUACCUUCAACUCCGAAAUUCUGGACCGUGUCUACGAGCCUCUGAAUCUCACCAUAGGGGUGACAGCCUUUGCCAUUGGAAAAUACACAAGGUUUGUGGGCCGCUUCCUGGAGUCAGCAGAGGAGCAUUUCAUGAAAGGCUAUCGGGUGAACUACUACAUCUUCACUGACAACCCUGAGACAAUCCCCAGCGUCCAGCUGCAACCUGGCCGAAGUCUCGUCAUUGUCCCCAUCAAGAAAUACACCAGCUGGCAAGAGAUCUCCAUGCGCAGGAUGGAGAACAUAAACAAGCACAUAGCAGAGACAAGCCAUCAAGAGGUGGACUACCUCUUCUGCCUGGACAUCGACAUGGUGUUCCACAAUCCCUGGGGGGCUGAGACCUUGGGUGACAUGGUAGCAGCCAUACACCCUGGCUAUUUCAAUGUCCCUCGAAGCCAGUUCCCUUAUGAGAGGAGGAGCUCUUCAGCAGCCUACAUCCCUGAGGAAGAAGGAGACUUCUACUAUGGAGGAGCUGUGUUUGGGGGGCUGGUGAAGAAGGUUUAUGAGUUCACCAAGACUUGCCACAUGACCGUCCUGGCAGACAAAGCCAAUGGGAUCAUGGCAGCCUGGCAGGAAGAAAGCCAUCUCAACAGGCACUUCCUCUCCCACAAACCCUCCAAGGUGCUUUCCCCAGAGUACCUCUGGGAUGACAGGAAGCCCAAGCCCCCCGAAAUACACCUCAUACGAUUUUCCACAGUGGAUAAGAACUACAAGGAGAUACGAGAUUGACCGUCUGAUCCUUGAAGAGAAGUCCUCCCCACAAUCAAACCUGCCGAAUAUAGCACCAGAGAACGUGCCCAAUAUAAAUUUUUGUUCCCGUUGUGAAUGAGCUGAGAAAGGAAGACGUGGGUAGUUUCUCUGGAGCACAGGUGUCUUAAAGUAUUUCGGAAGCAGUGCCCAAAGUGAAGGAGAGAAUGAAAAGGUUUUCGUGUUCCUAAUCCUUUUAAGUGCCCUGCUUGUGGCUACAGCGCACAAAAGGGCCUCCAAAAGGCCCAUUGUCAAAUGCAAGGCUGUCUUUAUAGCAAGGCUGCAGAUGCCAUUGCUGAGGCCUAGUGGAAACUGGGCUGACAGGACAAAUCAGUAUGAAUUCAUAUAGCAAUUAUUAUCUUCCACACUCCAAUCUGUGUUUUGGAGACCCAGGUUUAAACAGAACUGGCACAGCUCAGACUCAGAUUUGAACAACUUUGGGUUUAUUCCAAUCACAGAUGUGCACUGAACCUUUUCUCUAGUUCACAUGUCUCUGCGGAUCAUUUAAUCUUUUCUGACACAGAAAAUCUGGUAUUGAGAGAUCCAUGUGCUUAUCCCAUUGGUUAAGUCCUUUCCAGCUUUUCUAAGCUCUGUGAAAUAAAUUGGCUAGAAGCUGCUGGAACUGACAGGAAGAGCUGGUGUGUUUCCAGCAAGCUGGGUGAUUUCAUUCUAUAAUGAAGUGCUCUAAUGAGACCAUGGGUUUGGUCUAGAGCUGGAAGUGGGCUGGGGUUACCGUCGUCUUUGCGUGAGUGGGAUGAGAAGCUGAACCACGCGCUGUGCAGCCUUUAAAGCCCGACACCUCACCCCGAUGAACAGGCAGAGGGGUCCAAACACAGGGGAACCGCUGCUGCUUGCCAACCACGGCUGUAUAAUUGGUUGCCAACUGAGGUCCCAGCAUGGAGGUUCGCGUGCCACCUCCCUUGCUGCAGCAUGUCUACCGUAAACAUCUUCCCUGUUACCUCCUAGGCAUGCAACCAAAGAGCAGCGUGAGUCCGUGCCAUGCUCAUUUAAUGUGAGCAGGGAGAGAGACCACAGGGAGCAGUGGAGAAUGGCAGAGCCAUGCACUGCUGCCGUGCUGUAUGGCACAGAGAGUAGCAGCAGGGCUGGAAGGGCUAAACUGCCUGUUUCUAAGGGAACAGUAAAAAAAAAAAAAAAAAUAGAAACUCAUUUGGCAGAAAGAGAGAAAAUGGGGAAGAGGUGCCUGACUGUUCUCUCUUCUCUUCACAUGAGAAAAUUGCUAUAUGGCAGUGUAUCAAGCAUUCAGAGCUUUAAGGCUGCAUUGCUGAUUGCAGAUGACUCAACAGGCCAUUUCAGUCCUGUGCAAGUCAGCUGAGAAUGGCACUUGCUGGUGUCAAUGUGGGCAUUUCAUCUUCCAGAAGGCAAAUCAGAAAAGCUUUAAGGGUCUCAUUAUAUAGAUAAUAUACAGAAAAUACCUCCAACCGAAAGCCCCUAGUGGCAGUUGGGUCUGUUGCUUCAUGCUUUAGCCAGCAAAGGAUCUAUCUGGUUAUAUUUUCUCCAGACUGUUUUUAGUGCUGUGGUGCUGGAGGAAAGCACCCCUCUGAUAUAGCGCAAACAGAACUGAAAUCCUUGUGAAGAUGUCUAUAUUUGGUAACCAGGCACCUCAUCUAGGCCAAAAGGCUGAAGAAAAAUCCUUAUCUGAAUAUUUCCAAAAGGAUAUGUUCCCACCAAAACCAGAAUUAAUGCCAAUUAUUUCUUACUUGUAAAACAAUUGUAUCCAAAGACCAUGACUGAAACUAAGGUCUCGUUGUGCCAGUUUUUUUCUUUUACAAUCCGGAAGAGACUCUCUAGCCUGAUCUCCUGUACAGGACAAGCCAGAUCAUUUUAUCUCCAGACGUCUGUAUCAAACUCACAAUAUGUGGCUGAGCUGCACUAGGUUGCUUAGAGAAGCAUUCAAGGCCAAUAAAGACAUCAAGUGAUACAGAA